UAACACAACGCCUUUUACUUGGUUACUGCGCAGAGGGCAGAUAAACUCUGUAUAUAUAGAAGUAAUAAAACGCUGUGGGUGUUACUGUCGCAAGUGAAGGACUGGUUCAGUGUUCUGCUCUCCUCUCAUCUGUUCCUACAUCAGGACUCCAGGUUUCUUCUGUAGAUUUAAAGAGUCAUCAUGGCAGAUUUUUCUGAUUAUGAACAACUAACAAGAAAAGUCAAAGAAGAUCUUCAAAAAGGCGACCUGGCCUCAGCUGCUGCACAGAUCCAGAAGUAUCGUGAAAAAGAGAAAAACAUCCCUCUGAAUAUUGCCAUCACAGGAGAGUCUGGCUCUGGUAAAUCCACCUUUGUUAACGUGAUUAGAGGCGUAGAUAACAGAGAUGAGGGAGCUGCUCCAACUGGAGCUGUGGAAACCACCAAGGAGGCUACACCGUACCCCCAUCCAAACUAUCCCAAUGUUGUAAUAUGGGAUCUUCCUGGUAUCGGCACCGUGAAUCAUCCAGCUGCAGACUACCUGAAGAAAGUUGGAUUUGAGAAGUACGACUUCUUUAUCAUCAUCUCAGCUGAUCGCUUCACAGAAAAUGACGUGAAGCUGGCGAAGGAGAUACGGAGGAUGGGGAAGAAGUUCUACUUUGUUCGCUCAAAGAUUGAUAAUUGCGUUCGUGAGGAGGGAAGAAGUCAGAGGAACUUCAAUGAAGCACAGACCCUCAAUAGAAUCAGGGAAAACUGCUUUCAAGGUCUGCAGGGUCAAGGUUUCAGGUCUCCUCAGGUCUUCCUGAUUUCCAGCUUUGAGCUCCAUCUCUAUGAUUUCCCUCUCUUGUUGCAGACCCUUGAGAGAGAACUUCCUGAACACAAGAGGGACACCUUUCUGCUCGCCAUGCCAAAUAUCAGCCUGGAGGUCAUCAACAAGAAGAAAAAGGCAUUUUAUGCCAAAAUAGCGUUGGCUGCUACUCUCUCUGCAGCUGUAGGAGCUGCUCCAGUUCCUGGUCUUUCAGUUGCUGUUGACAUAGCCAUAAUGGUCGGUGUUAUCAGGGAUUAUCUGUACGGGUUUGGCCUUGACGCCCCGUCACUGCGGAGAUUAGCUAAUUGCACAGGUGUUCCUUUAGAUGAAUUGAAGACAGUCAUCAAAUCACAGCUGGCAGCAAAAGAAGUAACUGCUGGUCUUGUCCUGAAGUUGCUUCUUCAGUUGGCCAGCAUGGCUGGUUUAAUGGCAGCAGAGGAAGCAGCCAGACUCAUUCCCAUGCUUGGGAUUGUAGCAUCAUCAGCGCUCUCUUUUACAACAACCUUUGGAUCGCUUUACACUUUCCUCAAUGAGCUUGCUGAAGAUGCACAGAGGGUUUUUCAAAAGGCCCUGGGUUGUAACACCACAGGGUGAGAAAGGCAAUCACCUUUAAUCACAUAUUCAAAGUUCAUGUCUAGAAAUGAACUUCUUAACCAUAUCAUUACUUUUUGCUAUUUUGUAACUAUUAUAUACAAGCCUCUGUUUAGUAACUUUUGAUAGAUUUAUUCUGAGGUUGAUUCAAAGACCUCUCUCUUCACGUAUGCAGGUAUAAUUUAGUCAAACAAAUGCAGGUAUUCUUAAAAAACAUUGAGCUUAAAGGGAUUGUUUUGAUUUGUCUGAGGCGGGUUGUACAAAGUGGAAUAGUGAGUUUACUCAGAGGAGCUCCGGGCCCAACAAUGAGUGAUUCACUUCUGACUGGGGGAAACAGACAACAACAAAAAAAACAAUCGUCACAGACAGAGCUGAUAGUUUCUGAUGACCAAUCCUCAAAAAGUAAACUUUAUACAUUUUACAAACGACCAACACAACCAAAGUCAGUUUGGGGCCUUAAUAAUCUGUUGUUGAAACAUAGCGGCUGAUCGACAGAUCAAUUACUUAAUCAAAACCAUAGACUAUAUGAGAUAUGGACGUCGUGUCUUUAACGUCACCCAUUGGUUUGUGAAGCGGCGUUUGGAAGCCUAUCGCUGGCGGUCGCCAUAUUUGAAAUGCUAGUUGACAUAACGAGAGGUAAAGAGGUGGAGUUCAAGCGUGGCUAAUUAUGCAAAACUUGUGACC